GUGAAAAGGAGAUUAAUGAAGAGGAUGAAGAGGAUAUUAACGAAGAGGAUAAAGUGGAUAUUAACGAAGAGGAUGAAGGGGAUAUUAAUGAAAAAGAUAAAGGGGAUAUUAAUGAAAAGGAUGAAGAGGAUAUUAAUGAAGAGGAUAAAGAGAAUAUUAAUGAAGAAAUAUCUAAAGCUAGAUCAAAAGAAAUUUCUACAGAAGAUCCUAUCUAUAAGCUUUUCUA